AUGAAGCUUGAAACAUUAGCCGUGUGGAUGUCGCCUGUUUCGGUUGCCAUGUCGUCUUUGGCUGUGCUUCUCGUGUAUUUGGCGAUUCCAUCAGCACAUGAUCGUGCCGUGAAGCAUCUUCCAGCACCAGAGAAAGACUAUCCAAUAUUAGGCCACACACUGGAGAUACUAAAGGCCCAAAAGUCUAGAAAGUCUCUUGACUGGGUUUUAAAGUAUUGCCGUAAGUUCCAAGGGAAGCCAUGGCGUUUCCGAAUUUUUGGGAGACAUUCAACGAUCGUCGUCUGCAGUCCACAAAUUUUUGAGGACGUGCAGAAAACACAAUUUGAUGCUUUUGAUAAGAGUCCAAGGGUUUCGGAAGCAAUGUACGAUGUUUUAGGACAAGGGAUAUUUGCAAUUAGCGGACCAUUAUGGCAGCACCAACGUAAGACUGCUAGCCACUUGUUUACAACUCAGAUGGUGCAAUAUGCGAUGGAGGAGGUGGUUCCUAAGAAACUUGAAAUGCUGAUGAAACGACUAAAUGAAAUUUGUGCUGGAGAAGAGAAAAGUAGCAAAGUUGUGGAUAUGAAGCGAAUGAUGAAUAUGUACACAAUGGAUGUAUUUGCUCAAGUUGGAUUUGACGUGGAUGUCCAAAGUGUCGAGUCGGGUCAGAAUGCGGAGCUAAUGGAAUCGCUUGACCGAAUAUCCAGACGAGUUUUAGAACGUAUUCAGCAGCCUGCUUGGGUCUGGAAGCUACAACGCUGGCUUAAUGUUGGUGCAGAGAAGCAUCUAGCAAAAGAUGUCAAAUUGGUGGAUAAUCUCGUUUUCGGAGUGAUUUCUCGCUCGAUUGAAACAAAAAAACAACAAGAAGCGAAGACCAGCUCUCGUAAGGACCUUAUUUCGCUAUUUAUUGAGAAAUCCGAGAUCGAGUAUACUAAAGGCGUACACACGCAAAAUGAUGUCAAAUUAAUGCGCGAUUUUGUCCUUAGCUUCCUUGUAGCUGGACGUGAGACCACUGCCACAGCAAUGUCGUGGGUAAUCUUGAUGUUUAAUCGGUAUCCCAACGUCCUCAAGCGAGUCCGUCAAGAGCUAGUAGAUAAGUUUCCCGACCUCACGAGUGACAACCUACACGUUCUGAAUUUAGAAAAUCUCUGUCAGCUUGUCUACUUGGAGGCUGUCGUUCGAGAAACACUGCGACUGUUUCCAGUUGCCCCUGUAUCUGGACGUUCGACAACGCGGGAUGUGUGGCUUUGUGAAGGUACAUUUGUCAAGGCAGGGACACGUGUGAUCAUGCCUCAUUACGCCAUGGGACGCAUGUCUACUGUUUGGGGUCCUGAUGUUGAAGAAUUCAAACCCGAGCGUUGGAUUGAGCCUAUUUCAGGUAAAAUUAAGAUCGUGUCACCAUUUAAAUUCAGUGUAUUUCUUGGCGGUCCACGCAUUUGUUUGGGCAUGAAAUUUGCGUUAGCAGAGAUCAAACUUACACUUGCGAAGCUUGUGAGUAAGUUUGAAUUCAGGACGGUGAAGGAUCCGUUUGAUUUCACUUACUGCUCGACUAUCACGCUACAGAUUAAAGGUCCAGUUGAUGUUAUCGUCAGUCGUAUUGAGUCCAAGUUAAUUUCGUAA